AUGCCACCAAAGAUUCAACAAUCCAAGGCAGCCAAGGCCGCUGCCGCCAUGGCCGGUAGUAAGAAGUCUAAGAAGAAGUGGUCCAAGGGAAAGGUUAAGGACAAGGCUCAACAUGCUGUCAUCCUGGAACAGGACAAGUACGACAGAAUCAUGAAGGAGGUUCCAACUUACAGAUACGUUUCCGUCUCCGUUUUGGUCGACAGACUAAAGAUCGGUGGUUCUAUGGCUCGUGUUGCUCUGAGACAAUUGGAGAACGACGGUGUCAUCAAGCCAGUUCUGUUGCACUCUAAGCAACAGAUCUACACUAGAGCUACUGCUUCCGAGUAA